AUGUACAGCGAUAAUGGCACGAACUUUCGGGGUGCGGAUCGCGAGCUACAAUGCAGCUUUCGCUCGCUUAUGAACGACCCUUCCCUCAAAGAAAUCCUCGCGAAUGACGGUGUGAAAUGGCAUUUCGUGCCCCCGGUGGCACCACAUUUCGGCGGGCUUUGGGAGGCUGGCGUUAAAAGUUUUAAGCACCACCUCAAGCGGGUGAUCGGUGCUCGUACCCUGUCUCGCUCAGAAUUCGUGACUAUUUUAUGUAAGAUCGAGGCGUGCCUCUACACUCGACCGAUUUCGCCCCUCAGCGACGAUCCGUCCGACUUUACCGCGUUGACGCCUGGUCAUUUCCUCAUCGGUCGACUGCUCACCAGCGUCCCGGAGGAAUCAUUACUCGAAAUCAAUGCGAAUCGGUUGUCGCGAUGGCAACACGUGCAACUCAUGGUCGAACAGAUCUGA